AUUUUUGUUUUCUCUCUUGAGACAUGGAAGGACGAUACAUAGUUCCUGCUUUGAAGAAGAAGGACCAGACUCGCGAUGUGGAACGUGAAUCAUGGGACGAGCUUCGUAGAAGAAUCAAUGGAUUAGUAAAUAAGGUAAACACAAACAAUCUUCGUCACGUUGUUUUAGAAUUGUUGGAAGAGAAUCUCAUAAGAGGAAGAGGUCUUUUAUGCAGAUCAUGUAUCAAAUCUCAGAUCGCAUCUCCUUUAUUCUCCUAUGUCAUCGCGGCUUUAAUCGCCGUCGUAAACUCAAGAUUUCCUUUGAUAGGAGAUUUGUUGUUGAGAAGAUUAGUUUUGCAGAUUCAAAAGGCUUAUGAUCGUAAUGACAAGCCUCGUUUAUUAGCUGUUAUGAGAUUUCUCGCACAUCUUGUGAAUCAGCGAGUCGUGAACGAGACUAUUGCUCUUGAGCUUCUCUUAAAGCUUCUCGUUGAGCCUACGGGAGAUACUGUUGAAGUAGCUGUUGUCUUUGUUACUGAAUGUGGAGCUUUGCUUCAAGAAGUUUCUCCUAGAGGUUUUAACCUAAUUUUCGAUAGCUUUCGUAGGAUUCUUCAUGAAGGUGACUUGGAGUAUAGGUCACGUUGUUUGAUUGAGUCUUUGGUUACUCUUAGGAGAUUGAAUUUUAAAGAUCAUCCAGCGAUUCGUCCUCAACUUGAUCUUGUGGACUUAGAAAAUCAAGUGACACAUGAGAUCUCUUUCCUCGACGAUAUUGAUCCAGAAACGUCCCUCGAUGUUUUCAAACCCGACCCUGCGUUUCAGCAAAACGAGAACAAGUACGAGCUUAUGAAGAAGCAGAUACUUGGAGAGGAAGAUACAGACCUAGAAGAAGAAGAUGAUGAUGAUGAUGAUGAUGAUGAUGGUGAUGGUGAUGAUGUUGAUGUUGAUGAUGAGCGAGUCAUAAAAGAUGAUACAGACACUGAUCUUGUUAAUCUCAGGAGGACAAUUUAUCAAACGAUAAUGUCAAGUCUUGAUUUUGAGGAAGCAGGGCAUAAGCUGCUCAAGAUCAGACUAGAACCUGGUCAAGAGAUGGAGUUAUGUGUUAUGGUGCUUGAAUGUUGCAGUGAGGAGAAAACUUAUCGUUCCUUCUAUGGUCACUUAGCACACCGGUUCUGCCUCAGAAGCAAAGUUUACAGAGAAUGUUUCGAGAAUCUGUUUGUUCAACAAUAUUCAAUGGUACACCGAUUCGAGACCAACAAGUUAAUGAGUGUAGCCACCUUCUUUGGGCAUCUCCUGGCCACUGACGCUCUUCCUUGGCAUGUUCUUGCCUAUGUUCGGUUAACAGAGGAAGACACGACUUCCUCAUCACGUAUCUUUCUCAAAAACCUUUUCCUACAACUCUCUGAGCUAUUAGGAAUCAAGCUUUUGAAUGAAAAGCUUCAUGAUCCAACCAUGGAGCAGACGUUCGAGUCCAUCUUCCCAAAGGACCAUCUAAAAAACACGUUGUUCUCCAUCAACUUCUUCACCAAAAUCGGCCUCGGGGGCAUCACUCAAAAACUAAGGCAGUUCAUCACCAAGCGCAAGGAAACUAAUUCAGAGGAAUCAAGUGAUGAUGAGACGGAGAGGAAGCGUAGAAGGAAAACAGGUUGCUCAGUAGCAUUAGCAUCUAUUUAAAGCUGUCUUGAAUUGUUAGUCUUUAUUUGGCUGCUUUGAUGAUCUAAUUUUGAAGCUGUCUUCUAUUAGCAUACAUAAUCUUCUUUUUUGUAUUUGAUGCUUUGUUGAAGACCAAUUUAUGUCAGAGGAAGAAGAACAUAAACUUGUCAGAGGAAG